UGCCAAUGACAGUGUGGAGGAAAGUGCGGCCGGUGAGGACGAUCAGCAGGCGCGCACGAGCAAGGAUCUCGUGCACAAGUGCAACUCCGAUCCCGGCGAGCGCCACGGCUCGAGCAUGCCGCUAAUCGGCAGCGCCCUGAGUCGCUCCUUGAGACAUCACACGGGCGGCGUGACGAGAAAGUGCGUCCUCACGUUGGACGGUUACUCAUAUGUGAUAGUUGCCAGUUCACCAGAGGGACGAGCAGCGUGCAAAGACGAUUCGGUAGUUAGGGAAAAGUCAUCCGGUUUUAGCGAGACGCGGGCUUCCGCCCAAGCUGGGGUGACAGGAGUGACUCAUAUGCAAAGCACAAGUCCGGAGAAUGGACAAUUAGCGAAAGAUGCUGCCCUGACGAUUGUCCGACGAUCGAGCAGCAAGAGCAAAAGCGGUGGCAAUCAGACGAUAAAUCUGCGCGAGAAUCCCCAAGACAGUUUGGAGUGCAGUGAAGUGGGUGACGAUAUUACCAACGAGUGCGACGUCGUGGAGAGAAUGCAAUCGGUAACGUUGACAUCAUCCGGCGACGAAUUGGACAAUGUUGACCUGGCCACAGACAAUCUACCCGCCGUCGAUACUCCGGAUGCAUGCGACAAGGCUGCCAUGAGAUUGCGAUCUCUCUUGAGGCAGCUGCAACGAGGUGAAAUAUCUGCAGAGAUUUUGCAGAAAAAUCUUCAUUAUGCUGCACGAGUUCUUGAGGCUGUUUUCAUCGAUGAAACCAAUAUUGACCGAAGUCGAGAGAGGAAUGAGCCAGGAGCACCCAGAGAUGGUGCGAAAACCGCGCCACAAUUGCAUGGGCGCGGGACAACGGUCCAACGACGUCGCCUUCGUACUCCAGUCUGGGCCAGGCGCUUGGCGGACGAGGAUGACGAAUUGUCUGAAGUGCAACCAGAUGCUGUGCCUCAAGAAGUUCGAGCUUGGCUUCAGAGUACAUUUACUCGACAAUUGGCAACGACUCGCCGGAAGGCGGACGAGAAGCCAAAAUUUCGUUCUGUCGCCCAUGCAAUUCGUGCCGGCAUUUUCGUGGACAGAAUCUACCGGCGCGUCUCGAAUUCGGCUCUCAUGCAAUUUCCACCAGAAGUUGUUAAGGUGCUCAAGACUCUCGAUGAUUGGUCGUUCGACGUGUUCGCCCUGGCGGAGGCGGGCAACUCGCAGCCGGUGAAGUACCUGGGCUACGACCUGCUGAAUCGCUACGGGAUGAUUCACAAGUUCAAGGUGCCGCCGGCGCUGCUCGAGGUCUUCCUGAAUCGCAUUGAGGAGGGCUACUGCCGCUUCCGCAAUCCCUACCACAACAAUCUGCACGCGGCGGACGUGGCGCAGACUGUCCACCACGUGCUGUGCCAGACGGGUCUCAUGCAUUGGCUCACGGACCUGGAGAUCUUCGCCACGCUGCUCGCCGCGCUCAUCCACGACUACGAGCACACGGGCACCACCAACAACUUCCACGUGAAGUCUGGCUCCGACACGGCGAUGCUGUACAAUGACAGGGCCGUGCUGGAGAACCACCAUCUCAGCGCUGCCUUUCGCGUCCUCAAGGAGGACGAGUGCAAUGUCCUGCAGAAUCUCACGCGCGAUGAGUUCCGGGAGCUGCGCUCCCUCAUCAUCGACAUGGUGCUAGCGACGGACAUGUCCUUCCACUUCCAGCAGAUCAAGAACAUGCGCAACCUGCUCACGCUCGGCGAUCCUCAGGUGGACAAGUCGAAAGCACUGUCUCUGGUGCUGCACUGUUGUGAUAUCUCCCAUCCGGCAAAGAAGUGGAACAUCCACCAUCGCUGGACGAUGCUCCUGCUCGAGGAGUUCUUCCGCCAGGGUGACCUGGAGCGCGAGCUGGGCCUGGACUUCAGCCCGCUGUGCGACCGCAAGACCACGCUGGUCGCCGAGUCGCAGAUCGGCUUCAUCGAGUUCAUCGUGGAGCCCAGCAUGGCGGUGUGCGCGGACAUGCUGGAGAUCGUGCUGGCGCCCAUCGCGCCGCCGCUGCAGUGCAAGAACACGGCGUCCGCCGGCGGCCAGGACGAGGCCGCUGAGUCGGGCAGGAGCAUGUCCGUGACGGAGCCCACGAUCCACGAGGAGGAGCCGCCCAAGGGCUACGACGACAAGCGGUCGCGCUUCAUCAUCAAGAAGCCGUGGAUCACGUGCCUGGCGGAGAACAAGAAGAUCUGGAAGGAGCAGGCAAUAAGAGACGCCGAAGCCAGGGCGGCCGCCGCGGAGGCAGAGGGCGAGGAUGCGGAGAAUCCUGCAGCCGCAGCCAAGGAUUAAUAAUGAAGGGACUCUCACCAAAAGUCUAAUGACACUGCAAUACAGCACAUCAAGGAUAACAACAAAUUUUUAGACAUGUAUUUUUUAGCGCAUUAAAUUAUAUACUGUUUUAGGAGAGCACCGUAAAAUUCCUAUUAACAUUGUAAAUUAUUGAUAUAGUGAAAGAAAAAUAUUGUAGGUAGAGAAAAGGAAAUACAAGGCACACAAUUUCACUCUGGCAGUGAUUUUUCAUCUCUCAUGUUCUCUCUUUUUUGCAUAAUAAUAAACACAUGACGUGACAGAAACUGAUGAAAAAAUAAUAUGAUAUGCAUUAAUAUGAAGUAAUAUUUAGAGAGAGAAACCGUGUAUAAAGACAGUAAAUAUUUAAUUUAAUGGAGGAAAAAGUGAAUAAUGGGGAUAAACGUGUAGAUUAAAUAACGAUAAACAUAAAUGAAUUUACAUAGUUGGUACAUAGAGAAGUUUUAAAUAUCAAAAUAUUGCAGGUUUUGCAGAGGAUGUCCUGAAUAUUUCUUGCCAUGACAGACAAAUGCACACAAAACUUUAGCACAACAGUGAAAAACUCCCCCCGGAAAAGUACAUUCUGUGUCAAUCCAGUUGUUUCAGAACACAAUUAUGCAAACUGAAAGAUAUAACUAUAUAUAAAUACAUAUUUUCCAUCAUUGGCGAUUGAUUCACGGCUUCAUAGUGGUGCAGAAGGAAAAUUUGUGGAAAGUCUUUUGCACUUUUUAACAACAUUACAGACAGACACACAAGACAGGCGCAAAGUUGAGGGUACAAAAGCACGCAAAUUCAACUCAUAGCUGAGGAAUUUCGCGAUGGAAUUAGGCACGAGAGUAAUUUUAUUGACACAUAAAGAGCAAACAUCUUCAGCAUUUCCAUGCAAAUAGCCUGGGAGAAGUGAGCCUAGAAGGAUAAUUAGUGGAAAGGGAAAAGUCUUAAUGAAAUUCACCUUAAAAUUAAUAAAAUAAUCUGUUGCUGAAGCCCAUCACAAGCACUCGUCCGAAUUUGUAAAUUGUAAUGAAAAAUCUUCGUCGGAAGGAUAAAUAUUGUGAAAGUGUAGAGAAAAAUAUUUUUAAGCAAGAUAAAUUGAGGAAUAUCAAGUCUUAUAGCACAGUAGGGAUUGAAAAAAGUGUACAUAGGAAUUUUCAGGAUAAUACAUAUAGUUCUACAUACAUAAAUACAUGGCAAGAUGUGAAGUUGAAGGGAUUGACGACACACACACAAAUCGUGAAAGAAUAUCUUAUUAGCAAAAAGGCUACAGUUGAACCUAUAAUGCUGAAAGUGUAUAAAAAGAAGGACACAAUUCUCCUUUUAAUGCGUGUUGAUAGUGAAGUUUUGUGGCAUCGGAAUUUAUUUAGACACCAUUUUGAGAAUACAUUACAUCUGAAUCCGCCCUGUUGUAUAAAUUAGAGACAUCUCAUUUCCCUGUACAUAUAUGACAUGACUUAAAUCAACCGUUUCUGUAUUAAGCGAGAAGGAGAAACUUUUAACGAGAAUUUAUCUUCAAAAGGAAAACUUAUAUCUGUAUUUAUAUAUUGUCGUCCUGUAUCCAUUAUGAAUUUACCAUAUUGUUGACUCUCCCUUCAUACAUUAUAUUUUCACAUGAAAGAAGUUACAAUGUACAUAAAUUUAAUAACAACCCUGCUAUAUGCCAUAAAGACAGCAUCACUUAUGAUUUUCUCAUGAUCUCGAGGCUUUAGCUUUUUCCCCAUAAUACGAUUCAUUGAUUUCACCUCCCGAAGAAGUACACUUUUGUACGGCUUUGUGAAUUUCCGCUCCUUAAUCUCAAUUCUGCAUUUUUUAUCAACCUUCCACGAUUAUUUCUCUGACCUUUCACCUUCACAAUUGUACCCAUUUUGACCGGUGAGUUUGCUUGCAAAAAUUCUUCAAGCGAAAUCAAACAACAAUUAAAACUCAUUUCAUCAACUUCACUCACUUAAUUAACAGCUUCCGUGAGUUAAUAAAUCACGCCAAAUAUGACUUGAUGCAUAUUCCAGCUCAUGAUUAAAUUCCGCCGCUUAAUUUUUGGGAAAUGCAAUUAAAUUUUCAUUUGCCAAAUAAUGCCGUCGAGGACACACACUUCAUAUCUGUAACUGUCAGCGGCAUGUGCAGGUGAAUGUGGACUUUUGGGUUGACCAGAGAUUUCAACAGAAGCCCUGGGCAAGAGACAAACAAGGGGUGAAUGUUUCCAUGACAAAUAUCGCGAAUAAUUGUGGGAUGAAGUGAAGAUUUCUCCAGUUGUACGUCAUUGUGCUAGCUUCUGAAGCUCCGCCCAUUCGAAUGCCACGCCCAUUUGUCACGCCAGUUUCACGUUUUCGAUUUACAAUUGAUUGGAUCAAUGAAAAAUACUCCAAAAGAAUUAAUUUUUUACAACAUAAAUGCAUUACACAAAGAAAAAAGCGCCUUUUUCGCCCCUUGGCUCUGAGGUAAAUCAAUAAACUGUUGCCUAAUGAAAAUCCCUUUGUCAAAUGCCCAAUAUUGCAACUGAUCCCACUUGAUGGGCGACGCUCAUGCAAAAUGUAGCACAGAAAUUGCCAAUCUGAAUUGAAUGUGGGCAACUUUUUCCCACUCCAAUUCCUGCCCACAUUCGUCCGAGAGAAUUAGAUAAAUACUUUCGUAAGAAGUUUUGCCACUGUGACAUGUGACUUGUCUCUUUUUGAGGGGCCAGAAGACACGUUGAGGCUUUCCGUGGAGUGGAAAGUUUACUUCUCAGGGCAAACUAAUGCAGAGGAGCACAAUAAGGCUUUUUGAGAGCUUUCCUCUCUCUCUCUCUCUCUCAACAAUUACUCGUUUAUUUCCUUGCCUUGGAGCUUAAAAGCUGAACCAUUGUUUCGCACAAACUUUUCACUCACUUAUUGUUCCAAUUAUGCCACGGAGCUUUUUCAAAUAUUAACUCCCAAAUUCAUCCUCACGUUGCCUUGCUUUGUCGGGCGGUGGCAAAAAUGAGCUCACGAAAACUGGAUUACAGCAAACAAAGUGAAGUUUAUACUUGAACAGGCUUCAAAUACACACACAUAAUAUCUCUGGUCAACUUUUGAGCUUUUCCAUAUAGUGUGAAUGUGAAAAAUAGAGGGUUUAUUGUUGAUCAUAAGCUUAAGGGGCGAAUCAGUGAGGGAACUUGAGCACUUGCGCAAGUUCUUCUGCCACAAUUUGUCCGCCUGUUAUCACAUGAAAACCACGCAAUUGGGAACAAAAAGCACUUGUAGAGAAGAAUUGAAUCUUUGACUGCUGGAAAGUACAUGAAAAUCCCUUUUCCCAUAAGUCAGAAGCGCAUAUUUAAUCAUUGGGAGGAGAAGAAUUUUGUGAACAUUUAAAAAAUAUCGUACUCUAGUGGAUAAUAUUGUAAUAAAAUGUAUUUUAAAAUGAUGAUAUAUAUAUAUAUAAAAUAUUCAUGUGAAGAGACUUCUAAAAAAAAACAUUUUUCUUUCAUAUUUAACAAAAAGUGAGAAAAUAUUUGCAUAUUGCAUAAUUGUUAUACAAAAAGGAAAACAUAAACAUCUAAAACAUGUUGAAAUCUUCAUUUUCUUUUAAAUGUCUGAUUGAGGGACCAGUCGUUUAAGUUUCUCCAUUGCUCGCCUCUUCUUGCGACGCGGCAGAAGGCGUUGGGGGGCGAUUCAAGAAGGGGUGGCAGUGAAGAUGGCAUGUCUUUUGAGGUUUUUCAGCACGAGACACUCGAGCAAUGGAGACGUAGCUUAUCAGUAAGGUACCAUUAUCAGCUGAAAUUGGGAUCAUAGCUUUAUUAAGGUAGAGAAAAUAUUACAAGAGAAUCUAUUUAAAGAUUAUUAUAUAGAGAGACGAGAGAGGAUCAUGGAAAGAAAUGUCUUAUAAAUAAAAGUAUAAAUUGUAUCACAUGCAAAGCACACAGUUAGUACAGAUUUGACAAGAGAUAAGAAGGAGAACCUAAUAGCCAAGAUGACAAGGAAUAUAAUAAGAUGAACUUUGUGAGAAUAUUCGUGAAAUGGUUACAAGAUUAUGACAAGAAAUCGCCUUCCUGUUCUUGCUAUAUUUAUGCAGAAGUCCAGAAAUUGUAUAGGAAAAAGACAGUGGAAUUCUUAUAAUAUUUAUAGUCACACUCCUCCUUGUAAACAUUGAAAGAUAAAACCAGAAGCUCUAGGAUUAUCGCAUUACCAAUAGAAUUACACUCAAAUCAAUUGUAAAAUGAAUGAAAUAUUGAAGAAACUACAUAGUUGUUUCCAUCAUACCUCCUCUAAUCACAUUAUAAUGUGAACAACUUUCAAGAGCAAAGGUAUUUUGCAGAGCGAAAAACUUGCUGAAACAUUUUUUCGAGAGCGAGAGAGAGAGAGAGCAUAUCUAUGAUAAAAGAAGUUAUGAAAGUACUUUUUAAACCUCUGUAUAUAUAGAUAUUACAAUAUACAUUUUUCUCUAGGUAAAUACAUAUUUAAAGAUGAGGAAACUUCAUGAGCAUAAGUAAAUAAAGUAUUAGAAAUUUGUGUACAAAUUA